UAGAAGAUUUGUGUACUGUUCCCCUUUCCUCUUCAAAUUCCCAUCCUUCUCAGACAGCCGCAGGGGUUCUGUAUUCUUGCCGCAGAUUACCGUGGAGAAAAUCAAUAUUUGCAGCAGCAGAAUCCCAGUAUAAACCCCAUCCUGGAGAUGCAGAUAUAAAGGAAACAAGGGUACAAGAUGGUGAUUGUUGUGCGUUGCAGAAGCCUAAAACCUUGGAGGUUUUUCAUGUAUGUUUUACCUUUUAAUCAGCAUUUUCAAAGACGAUUUUCUUUGUGGUCAAUGAAGAAAGAACCAGAUCUUGAAUCAGCUCUCUCUCGAAACCGUAGAUGGAUGGUGAAUAAUCAGAUAAAGAACAUAAUUCUCAGAUGCCCCAAUCAAGUUGCAUCUAUUGAUUUUCUUCAGAAGAAAUUCAAGAACCUUGAUCUUCAGGGCAAGGCACUUAAUUGGCUUAAGAAGUAUCCGUGUUGCUUUGAAGUAUAUUGCGAGAAUGAUGAGUACUUCUGUCGACUAACGAAACAGAUGAAGUUUCUUGUUGAGGAAGAAGAAAAUGUUAAAGAUUUGCAGGAGCCAGUUUUUGUGGAGCGGUUAGCAAAGUUGUUGAUGAUGAGUAAAAACCAAAGGCUAAAUGUUCUGAAAAUUAAUGAGUUGAAAAGAAACUUUGGUUUUCCGGAUGAUUAUUUGCUCAGAAUUGUGCCCAAGUACUCUGAUAUGUUUCGAGUUGUCAAUUAUACUGGCCGACGAAGCUCAAUGGAGAUUGAGCUCAUGUCCUGGAAUCCAGAUUUUGCAAUUUCUGCGAUUGAGAGAUUAGCUGAAAAGGAGGGUCGUGAACCAUGCUUUUCAUGUUCAUUGCCAGCUACGUGGGUGAAAUCAUGGGAGAGAUUUUGGGAUUUCAAUUCCACUCCAUACAUUUCACCUUAUGCUGAACUGAAGGGCUUGGUGGAGGGAUCAGCUGAAAUGGAUAAAAGAACUGUAGCUUUGGUGCAUGAAUUGCUCUCUCUCACUUUGUGGAAGAAAGUCUCUAUAGUCAAAUUAGGUCAUUUUAGAAGAGAAUUUUGCUUGCCUGAGAAAUUGAAUGUUUUAUUACUCAGGCAUCCUAGUAUAUUCUAUGUUUCAAACAGAUAUCAACUUUAUACAGUUCUUCUUAGGGAAGGAUACAAUGGUGCCGAAUUGAUCGAGAAGGACCCACUUGUUGUUGUGAAGGAAAAAUUUGGGGACUUGAUGCAGGAGGGUCUUCAUGAAUAUAACCGGAGGCAUUAUUUAAUGAAUUUAGAAAAGAAGAAGAAGAAAGGUUUGCUAACAGUUAGGCCAGAGAGAACAAAUAGAGAGGUGAUAAAUAACAUUUCUGAACAAGAAGAUGAUCAAGAAGGUGGUCUUGGUGGGAUAUUUAAUGCAGAGGAAAGGAAGCGAUUUUACAAAGUUCUCUUUGAUGAUGAUGUUAAAUGACGGUUAAAAUUUUGCACAGAGAUCCUACCCUGCUUUAGAAAUCCAGAUACCAGCUGAACGCGUCACUGCUACUGAUCGCUAAGUAAGAUGAUUAUAUUAUGAUUCCCUUGCUGUGGAUGGUGUGCAUGAACUUGACCUUGAUCUCUCGAGUCUUCAAAUGUUGACCGGAAUGAGUUGGAUCUACAACAGUGAACUCAUAGCCCCAGGAGUGGUGGCGGACGAAGGACGGGUGGCCUUGCAGUAUAAAGAGGAUUACCUAACCAAUCUGGAUGGUCUGGUUGGUGGGUAAACAGAGAAUCCAGUGGCAUGGGAUUCCUGUAUCAACUCCAACCUGGAAGUACUAGUCCAGAGGCCAAAUCUGUGAUGAGUAAUGUUUGAGGCAAGAACAGUAGAGGAUGUAAUAUAGAAAUUUGGAUGCUGCUGGAAAUACCUCUGCAGACUCUCUAGAGACAAUAAACCUUCAA